UUCGAUAUUCGCCUACGCACAGCACUGUAUCGGCCCGGCAGCGCGGGUACGUUCGGCUCGCCUGGUUUAAUUUGUGUAGAUGAGGGCGUGGGAGGCUCGGAUAGAGCGGAGUCCGUUGGUAUGGGCUUUUGGAGAUUGUGGUGGUGCGAUAAGGAAGAUACUGAUCGAUGUAUUGGCCGCUUCAUAGGAACAGCACGCGUGUUUGCACGUUGCUCCGCGAUAGGCAGACAUGAUAUCACAUUUGAGGCCAAGCAGAGCAGAGGAGUCCGCAUGUGCGUCUCCAGCCCCUCCGCAUCCGCAACGUGCAUGGGCGCACCCUGCGCACGCCUUCUCGAUGCGGCAUCUCCCUCUACAUAGACAAAACAACGGCCCUUCACUGCUGCCCUCGCCAGCACAUCCCGAUCCGCUCGCUCGCGGCACGCAUGUCCCGGCCCCACCCGGGCCGCUCGAGCAUCCGUCCCAGUUGAGUUCCAUCGCGAACGAAAGCAGCCUCCUCACAUCUUCAGAGCCCCCGUCCAACUCUCUCCUACCAUGCCGUCAAACCUGGCAUAGCACCUGCAUCCGCGCCAGCGCCCACGCGUACCGCACCAGCUGCUCGCGAACCCCCACACCUCCGACCGGAGCGAGCCAGAUGCCCCUCCCGCGCGAAUCGGAGUCUGCCCCGCCGCCAAGCGGCGCCGCCGUUGCCGUUUACGUAUUCCGCUGUUUCGAGCGAGCCCAGCCCGGCCCAGACAGUGCGACGGAAACUACAGCACAUCCACUACUUACUCGCACGCCAUCUCUGAAGGUAGUGUCUUGCGCGGCUAACCGGAAGAGGUUUAUGGUAGGAUCCCUGCAUUUGCGAGGGAGAAAUGGUGGACGAGGUAGGAUGGGUGAUGCGAGGACGCGGUUUUCGAAGUUGAAGCGUCGUGGGAGCGGAGCGGGGGCGGGAUGGCGGGAGGAGGGUGGCAGGGCUUGGGCUUGGGGGGACGCAUGCGGCGUGCGAAGGCUGGGGCGUGUUUUGUCUUGGGACACGGCAGGGCGAGGUUCGUGGCGUUCGCUCGCGGGCGUACCACGACGCCAGCAAGGCAUCUGGCCGCGCAUGGCGACAGCGUCCUUUGCCCGUGCGUGAGACUGCAUACCCGUUUGCCAGAGCCACAGCCUGCAUGCACAAUUGCUCCAGUAGGAGCAGCCGCCGCCAGUGUGCAGAACAGCACAGGGAGUGCGCCCUCCUCGCCCGUCUCACCAGGUCGACUGUGUACAUCUGAGUACACCCCUGCGAAGCCAGCAUCCCUUUUCAGCAUCCCCAACUCGAACCCCCUCCCUGGCCAACGCAUUAUUACACAUCCUCGCGCGUCCAUGCCCGUGCACAGUGACAACCAG